CAAAAUUCUAAAGACUCGUCGACAUAACGAACAUCCUACGGAAGAAUUUUAAUCGCUCGAGUCCUCCGCUUGCGCUCGCGAGGCCGCCGGGACGAAAUCAUGGCAGCGAUGCUCCUCGCGAAGCCAGCAUUUUGUGGAUUCUGCCGCUGCCUGCUGCUGCUCCUGCUGCUGGUGGCGGCUCCGGCGAGGAUUUGCGAGUCCGUUAGAUCUGACAAGGAAAUGAGGGAGAGGUUCUACGGCAAUUUGAUCAAUUCAUCCUCUCCCGGCGAUGGAGAAGGGAGUAUCGCCCAAAUGUUCGAUCGUGUUCUCGAGAAAGAGUUCUCCGAAAAUGAUCAGCCUGAAGGUUCUGAUGGAAGCAACUUCAAUAACAGUGUAAAUGACCAACAGGCUGUGUUGGAAACGGUAGCCAAAGUUACUCAUGAGAAGGGCAAGAAAAAUGACUCACAGCCGGGAAGUGGACCAAGAUCCUUUCAGCUCCAAGAUGUAUUUUCUCUGGAGAAUGAAGAUUCCGAGGAUGGCACUACCCUGAUUGACAAAAAGGACAAUGUCUUUGUCAUGUCAAAUAAGAAAUCCAAGUAUCCAGUACUUCAAGUCGAUUUGAGAUUAAUUUCAGAUCUGGUGGUUGUCAUAGUUUCUGCUGCCAUUGGUGGAAUUAUCUUCUCGUGUUUGGGACAGCCGAUUAUUGUGGGUUAUCUUCUUGCUGGGUCACUCAUUGGACCAGGAGGUCUUAAGUUCAUCAGUGAGAUGGUGCAGGUUGAAACAUUUGCGCAGUUUGGUGUUAUAUUUCUACUUUUUGCUUUAGGCCUUGAGUUUUCUAUAACAAAGUUGAGGGUGGUGGGUGCUGUUGCUGUGUUUGGAGGUUUUCUUCAAAUUGUGAUAUUUAUGUUCUUGUCCGGUGUAACUGCCAUGCUGUGUGGAGCAGAGUUGUCUGACGGUGUUUUUGUUGGAUCCUUCUUGUCAAUGUCAUCAACAGCAGUGGUGGUGAAAUUCUUAGCUGAGCGUAACAGCACUAGUUCACUUCAUGGUCAAAUUACAGUUGGGACUCUGAUUCUUCAGGACUGUGCUGUUGGAUUGUUGUUUGCUUUACUCCCAGUGUUGGGUGGCAGCAGUGGGUUACUACAUGGAAUGAUUUCAAUGGGGAAAUUGUUGUUGGUGUUGUCCAUGUACCUCACUGCUGCAUCAUUUUUGUCUUGGUCCUUUGUUCCUCGCUUUCUGAAGCUAAUGAUCCAGAUAUCAUCUCAAACAAAUGAACUUUAUCAGCUUGCUGCUGUGGCCUUCUGCUUGCUAUCUGCAUGGUGCAGUGACAAAUUAGGCCUCAGUCUUGAGUUGGGUUCAUUUGUAGCUGGAGUUAUGAUAUCCACAACUGACUUUGCACAGCAUACUUUAGACCAGGUGGAGCCAAUUCGUAAUCUGUUUGCCGCCCUGUUUCUUGCAAGUAUUGGAAUGCUUAUACACGUGCAUUUUCUGUGGAAUCACGUUGACAUACUACUAGCAUCAGUGAUUAUGGUUGUAGUUGUGAAGACAACUGUUACUGCUUUGGUUAUUAAAACCUUUGGAUAUGGCAUCAGGACAUCAUUUCACGUUGGAGUGUUGCUUGCUCAAAUUGGGGAGUUUGCUUUUGUUCUACUUAGUCGUGCCUCAACUCUUAACCUUGUUGAGGUUGCCUCUCCCUCUCUGUCUCUCCCUGUUUCUCUCUUUCAUGCCCUUGAACAUGCUAUUGAUUCUUGUGACCUGUUCACUGUUAAUGCAGGGGAAAAUGUACCUUCUCCUUCUUGGAACAACCGCUCUAAGUCUGGUUUGUUUCUUAUACUUUCCAUUCUUUGGUAUUAUUCUAAGCUGUGCCAUAAUGUCACAACACCUCUCCUGUUCAAAUUGAUACCUAAUGUCAUGAAUCUCGGAGUCCUUUUGCAAUGGUUUCCACCAGAAACCGCCCCGAAUGAGGAGAAGGUUUCAAUGAUCGAAGCACAUAACAGAGUCUUGUGACCUUCCCGUAUCAUAAUACCAUGGGAAGGCUGCCUCGGCGUGAGUUUUUCAGAUGACUUGCUCUAAAUCAGAACUACAAACAGUCCGCGGCAUGAUGAUACAUGUAUGUCUCAUGUAAAUACGCGUAAUGUAACGAGUCUCCCGCGUGCAUUCUUUGAAUGGUUUGUAUAUAUAAUUUUGCCGCCUUAGUAUAUGUUGUAACUUAGACCAUCACUACCUAGCUCUAGGAGAACUGCUUCACCUAUUGGCAUGUAAUUGGGUUCCUGCGAGAGCAUUUUGAUCCAGUACCAAGAGAGAAAAGCUCUCAAAUUCGUUUAUUAACAGUAAAAGUUUAUGCAAUAGAUUGAUUCGUGCUCACACUGU